GCCGGGCUGAGGCGAGCGCGGCCACCAUGAGCGACCCGGCGGUGUGCAGCUUCCUCACGAAGAUCCUGUGCGCCCGCGGCGGGCGCCUGGGGCUGGCCGAGCUCCAGCAACACAUCGGCCUCUCGGCGCGGCAGCUGGAGCAGACGCUGGCGGCGGCGGGGCCCGACCGUUUCCUGGUGCUGAGGGGCCACGAGGCCGCGGGCGGCGCCGCCGUCGUGCUGGCCGUGUCGGCCGUGCGCCUCUGCGUGCGCAAGGAGUGCGGCGGCUGCGAGCGCCUGCACCUCUGCAAGCUGAGCCUCAUGGGCCGGUGCCACCGGGCGCCCAGCGCUUGUAAGUACUGCCAUGACAUCAACACUGCUGAGAACAAAAAAAUCCUAAAGAAUCAUGAGCUGUCUGGUCUCAAUGAGAGUGAGCUGAAAGUACUCCUCCUCCAAAAUGACCCUUUCCUUCUCCCUGAUAUAUGCCAGUUUUACAACCAAGGGAAAGGUACCUGUACCCAGCAAAACAACUGCAACAAGCUUCAUAUAUGUCGACACUUCCUUCGAGGGGAAUGCAGAUUUCUUCAGUGCAAGAGGUCCCACAACCUCCUGAAUGCCCAUGAAUUGCAUGUGUUGAAAACUGGUGGAAUUGAUUUCAAUACAGCUUUGAGCUUCCAGACUAUAUGUGAUCAUAAGCAUGUGGAAUUCAACAAGGAACUGAAGAAGGGGAAAAAAAGUUGUCCCAGUAGCAGUGCACCUAGUCAGAACCAACACCAGCAGCCAACAGGAGGGGGAGAUAGUGAUGAAGGUAAAAAAGAUGAUUCCUGUGAUAAAGAUUCAAAGGACAAUAAAGCAGACAAGAGUGAUGAGAUAUGUUUGUUCAAUGUCUGGAAAUACUGCAAAAAUAAAGAUAAAUGCAAACAGGUUCAUUACCAUUUGCCAUAUCGAUGGCAGGUAUAUAAUGGGAUCACUUGGAAUGAUCUUUCUAUGAUGGAGGAAAUUGAAAAAGCCUAUUGUGACCCCCAAAACAGCAGCAUAGCAGAUAAAAAUAUUAAUUUUGAUACGAUGACUUGCGGUAUUUCUUCACUUCGACGCCUUUCUACGCCUUCAUCUGUGACAAAACCCACAUUUUUAUUGACCACACAAUGGAUUUGGUAUUGGAAAAAUGAUCAAGGCCAGUGGACUGAAUAUGGAAAACAAGGAGAAGGGGAUGAGAUGAAAUCACCAGCCUCUGAUAUUCUUGAGAACUUAUAUCUAGCAGAUCAAGAUGCCACUAUACCUUUCCAGGCUGGUUGGCAUCAUUACGAGCUCAAUUUUAAAGAAAUGACCCAGACAAAUGUCCACCUUAGAGCUCAAAGAAAGGUCUGCAGACGUCCAAAGUUUGUGUCUUCUGAAGAUGUGGAGAAGAUAAAGAAAGGACAAAGGGAUUCUUCUAUUCCAAAUCAAACAUGUCCUGUCCACUGGGAUCAAUCUGCACUACCUGAGUUGGGAUAUAAGGCAGUGGAGCUCACUAGUACAUCCUCUGAAUACAACUUAAUACAGAAGAUGUUUGAGAAGACUAUGAAAAGGCACUCUGUUCAUAGGAUAAGUAGGAUCCAGAAUCCGUCCCUCUGGAAAGUAUUUCAGUGGCAAAAGGAGCAGAUGAAGAAAGAAAAUGGAGGGAAGGAAGUAGAGGAAAGGCUUCUAUUCCAUGGUGCCAAGAUCUCUUUCCUGGAAGCUAUCUGCAAUCACAACUUUGACUGGAGGAUUUGUGGAAGCAAUGGGACAACCUAUGGAAAGGACCUCUACCUUCUUUCUGGUACUGACCCAAAAAGGGAAAAUACUCUGACACUAGGAAGAUGGAGCGUGCACAGGAAUCAGCUCUCCUGCCUACUGACACCUCAGCCUCUUCCCAAGGCCUGCUAAGAAGACUGCCUCACAAGAGAAAUGCAAUGCAUGCCAGAGGCACACAGCUCUCUGAACAAGGUCUUAAGAGCUGCAGACUUUGGUCCCAGAUGUCUUUUAGUCACCCAUGUUCAGAGGAACUGACAGCCUUAAGUGCCAGUGGCUCCACAAGCACUCACUUUGGAAGGAAAAAGGGCUGCACUUAGGAGGUGGUGUUUUCAAAGCACCUUCCUGACUCACUUCUCCUGAGACUUGGAUUUCAAAGGGCUUUCUUAUGGCAAUCAGAGUCAAAAAGAAUCUGGUGCCACACUUUGCAAAAAGGCCCUGCUGAGCGGCAACACUCUUUAAAACUCUUAAAAAAAAUGAGGCCACCUAGAAAAAGCAUGGAAAAAGGAGACUAGAGCCAACCAUGCAAUACUGUCUUUGUAGAGAAUCCUGUACAAACCUCUGUGCCCACUUUCGCUAGGAAGUCUUCUCAACUGUGGACUUGAAGGUGCACCACACGUAGGAAAGAAAUGGGUAAUGAAAAAUGUGUAUAGCUUUCUAACGGAGUUGUUUGUUGUUUGAGAGCAAAGAUUCAAGAGCAUUCAAUGGUUUGGAGACAUUAUGCACAAGUUCUAUGUGCCCACAGCAGUAGUACUGCCAAGAAGCAACACAAGGCUGAAAAGCCUUGAAAAGUGGAGUUACUUCCUUUUCAUGAGCAAAUAUUCCAGACUUAAGAAGUUUGUGCACGUACUGCCCAGCAGAUCCUGUAUCUUUUGACCUCCAUUCUCCCUUUCAGCCAGAUUCCAGAGAUAAAUCUCUUAGGGGAUGAUCCUGUUGGCACAGCUGCAUGGGAUCAUAAAAGAAGGGAAGACCUCGAAGAGAAGGGCUCUGGAGCAGACGCUCAUGCUGGAGCUCCUUGUCUAGAGGUGAACCACUGCGGCCCAGAGCCACCGAGCGAGAAAGCGCAGGCAGUGAGCAGCACGAGGCAGUCCCGGCGCCGACCCCUGAGCGGGCAGCGCGGAGCUGCCAUAAAGUAAUGCGAGGUGAUUUAAAUGCUGCCUCAGUGAUGUGUCUAUGGAGAGUGUGUUGUGAAGUAUUAAGAAAGUACGUAGGAAUUUCAGAUGUUGUGGUGCCAGCAGCUGUGGAAUGUGCUGUGGCUUGUGUGGAUCUGCCUGACAAUCCCCYAGAUCCAGGACCUGUAGACCCUGAACAAGAACCAGAUCUGUUUCUGUCCGAGCUGCGCAACUGGUGUGUUGAGGUGCGCCGAGAAGCCAGGAAAGCAAGGGAUGUAGAAGUGCUGUUUGUUUUCCCAGUCAUGUACUCGUGUAAUCAGGCUCUGCCAUAUCAGCCUUUAGAGCGAAACAUCAUAAAGGAACUCCGAAGGACAGUGUUAGAGAAUGGGCUGAUAGCGCUUUUUACCAUGAACUUACUGCAGAACAUAACAAAGUCCCACGGGUUUGUGCCACAGAACUGGGAGCUAAUUGCAAAAAUGAUACCGAUUCUCAUGCAACAUAUUAUUCUCCUGAUGGAAUGGAAGCGCAGUACAGAGGAGGAGACAGGAGCCUAGAGCCAGAAGCAGGUGGGGUGGCUCUUUCAUCGUCUCCUCUGCCUGUCUCCCACGACUAUGAGAAAGUGAUGCCUCUUCCUCCUCCCUGGCACAGGGAAGCGGUGGAAGCGGCAGCAAGCAAGGUUGCCCCCCGCCACUUUCCCCCAUCCCUGCAUGGAGCAGAAGUUGCUCAGUUAUCUUACUCCAAGGUUAGCCCGCUGGCAGCAGCUGAGCGGUCCUGAGGCGGGGGGGGGGUGGCAGGACGUUCGAGUUUACGGAUACUUUGGAAACUGCAGAACUUGCGGCAGGGGUUCACUGUUUUUGUAUGUUUUCACAAGCGAUUAACAUUGUUUCUGAUUCAGCAUAUGUUGCAGGACUGGUUAACCGAYUASAAGGAGCGUAUUUGAAUUAUCUACAUGCUCCUUACUUCAUAACACAUAUCCGGUCUCAGACAACGCUGCCUGGUCCUCUGAUGGAAGGAAAUCAGCAUGCUCACAGCCUCGCCAGGGUGACCACCCUUCCAGACGUAUUCCAGCAGGCGCGGUUGUCUCAUGUCUUCCUUCACCAGAGUGCUUAUGCUUUGUGCCAGAUGCUACUUUAUAUAGGUUUGCAGACAGAUGUCACUAACAUGCACCCUUUAUGGUACCCUUGGACCUAUGGUCUGCAGUACAACAAAUAACUGAACGCUGCUUUAUAUUACAUAUUCACAGUCAUACGCGUGAUGCCUGAUGCCACUUUCUAGCUGACUUUGCAAUGCUAGAGGA